GCCUGCUAAACUCACUGCUGUGGUGGUGAAGAGGCUCAGCGUUUUAAUUACAGUUACAUUUAUCCGGGCUAUCUUACUACACAGAAACGUUUAUUACACCGGAUAAAACUAGAUACGGUUUUUAUGUAUCUUUACCUUAACUCCAGUUUCAACGAUGUUCCAGCAGACCUUCAAGAAUUUCAACAUCAACUUAAACGUGUUGAACGAGAGGAAUACUUUCUCCAGUGGCGAACCAGUAACUGGACACUUCUCCUUCGACCUUACAAAGGAGACGAAAAUCACUUCAAUAACGGCGGCACUGGAAGGAAAAGCGAAUGUCCAUUGGUCUAGCGGAGGGGGAGGGAAGAAGAGACGACGCAGACACUUCGCGGCCAAACUGGAGUUUUUCAACUUGAAAGCCGUCAUCAUGCAAAGAAACGGUGCUACUGACGAGGCAGUAAAACUUCAGCCUGGCACACAUAUGUAUCCGUUUACAUGUCAGCUGCCACAGGGAGACUUCCCAUCCUCCUUUCAUGGACUUCAUGGAAAAAUAGCGUACAACUUGACAGUGGGCAUCAACAGACCAUGGCAUAUGUCUAAGGACUUUACAACAGAGCUGAACUUUGUAAACAGCAUUAAUGCCAACCAGCCAGAGCUGCAGACUCCUCUCUCAGGCUCCAACAAAAUGACAGUGUGCUGUCUAUGGUGUGCCUCCUAUCCUAUCACAAUGACAGCCAGUAUAGAGAAGAAAGGCUACAUUCCUGGUGAAACUGUGAAAAUAAUUUGCAAGUUUAGUAAUGGCUCAUCUCGAACAGCUACUCCAAAGGUGAGGCUGCAGCAGAAGCAGGUCUACUACACCAAAAACAAGGUCAACAAGAGGGAGUAUUGCAAGCUCUUGGUGUCGGUGGCUGGAGAGCCCAUCUGCAGUCACGCCUCUGACGUGCACACUGAGAUCAUGCUCACUAUUCCCUCAUCUGCGUCGCCCACCAUCUCUAACUGCAGCAUCCUGGUGGUUGAUUAUUUAAUUGAGGUGAACCUCAGUGGAUGGGCUUUCCCUGAUCUCACAGUUCUGUUUCCCAUCAUCCUGUGUGAUACCCCUGUAGGCAGUCCUCCCCCACCUUGUUUGUGAGUACAUAUGGGUGAGGGUCACUGGGAUUGAUUUCCUCCUUGCUCUCUCCCUCUUGUCUGGGCCGGGUGUCACCGAUGUAAGUGCACUUCCUUUAUCCGUUGUUUUCAAAUUAAGAGCACUCCAUGGAGUUGUGUAAUUGCGACUUCAGUUAAUUUCCAAUGAUGUUACUGGGAGAGCUUUACAGUAUUUCUCAGGGUUUUUGUAUGAGGCUCACCUGACCAGGGAUGGCCUCUUCUACUAAGCAUUACGUUUUUACAGGUCAAUAUAUGUUUUGAAAAAUAACUUUUGUGAUGUUUUUUUUUUUAUGCUUAAUUACAUUCACGAAUUUCCCCUAGGGGAUAAAUAAAAUAAAGUACAUACCCAUCCAUUAAAGAUGUCUCUUUUUUUAAUUUUGACAAACAUAAGAUGCUAAUUUAUGGGGCUAGAAUGGUGACAUUGACUUUGGCAUUGAAAGCAGAACCUGAACUGAAAAGGGAAACAAUGGCAUUGAAAAACUUGCAUUUGAAAAAAAUUGUAUUGAGGGGAAGAGCAAGGAGCACGUGAUUUAUUUACAUUCAGAAGCCUGACUGGACUGCAUACCUUGGCAAGGGCUUACACUGGCACACUCACGUUAGCGCUUGUUCCGGUGGACCUCUGCCAAAAGAGAAUCAUGUACGUUAAAAGUUAUCUUUGACACAGCAGCAGCAAAGAGGAGCAGACUUAUGGAUGUAAAGAAAUCACACGCUCCUUGCUCUUCCCCUCAAGCCCUCCCUCUCUACGCCAAAGUUGAAACUGAAAACCUGUGUUUUAUGUUUCAGUGGAGGUUUUCAGUGCCAUCAAAAUUUUUCAGUGCUAUUGUUUUUCAGUUUGGGUUUCCGGCUUCAAUGUAAAAUUUGAUUUUCAAUGCCAAAAUUGAAUGUCACUGUUCUAGCCCCAUACUAAUUCUAGUCUUUCCACAAUCAUAUUCUACCUCUACUAUUUUAUGUUUUGCAUGUCUCUGUAUGUGUACUACAACUGCAAAUUGUCAUUCUGUUUAAAAGUGCUAUAUGUAAGAAUGUGAAGCCAUUUUGUAUGAUUCACUUUUUUUCUUGCCAAUGUCUGAAUGCAUAUGAUGUUUCCUCACAUGGUCUGUCGGUGACAGUAGGGUACACUGCUCCUCUUCUCCUGGUGCGCUAUCCAAGCGCCACUAUUGACGGGUCUUCUCAAUAUUACAUAUACAACCUUGCAACCUUUUAAACAUGGUUCCCCCAUGUUUUCACUUGGUUAUUAAUACAUGUUGUCAGCGAAAAGUAGAUUUAAUCUAUGGAAGCAUAAGAAUAUAAUGUUAAAAAUGUAAUGUCAGUUUGGAUAUACACCGUAGUGCUUUGUUUAUACAGUUAGUGACUCUUCAGUAUAUUAGUUACAAGCCAAAGGCACAAAGUUUGCUUUAUGGAAAGUGCCUUAAAGCAUCAUACUGCCGUCAAACAGUUUUCAGUAUGUGUCUGUGUUUAAUCUAUGUAAUGUAAGUUUUGGAUUGUUGCAGAUGUUUAAAGGACAUUCAUCCAGUUUCACCACAUGUCUAAGUACAUUGAAGCAUCAGGGGAAAGGUGUUACAGUUUGAAUGUUAUUAGAUAGAUAGAUAGAUAGAUAGAUAGAUAGAUAGAUAGAUAGAUAGAUAGAUACUGUAUUUAUCCCCUAGGGGAAAUUCAUCUAAUAUAAAAUAUUACCACUUAAUGCCAUAAAAAAUAGUAUCAUGAUCAUGCAUUGACUCUUAACUGUAAUGAGCAAAGUGAUUUUAACUAUAUUAUUGUAAGUAUGUGUUAUGUAUGUUUUUAUUAUUAUUUAUCAUCUCAACUUCCAUCAUGUCUUGUUACAUAUACACUAUUGUCAUGUACAAACUGUAUUGCAUGUAAACUGUAUAGAGAAGUAUUUUACUCUAUAACCUGACAAAAAUAAAA